AGAAAAGAAAACAAGGUGCUUUAGCCGCUUUGCUCCGUUUUCGACGUGUUUACGGUCCGCCGGAGUCGGUUUGGCUCAAUAAUUUAGGAGAUCGAUAAUCGUUUUUUCAUCGAUGCUGCAGAAGUGAGUCUCGCGCAGCUGUCGGCAGCAGACUACAGUGAAUCCAGAGGGAUGCCUGCAGCAGACAGCAGCCACGCUCAGCGUGUGCUGUCCUCCCUGAACCAGCAGAGGGCAGCAGGGAGGUUUUGUGAUGCAGUGCUGAAUGUGGGAGGCGGGAUGGUCUACCUGGCCCAUCGCAACAUCCUCGCCUGCUUCAGUGAGCUGUUCCAGCAGUCCAACAUGCCCUCUGCACAGUGCAUGGAGUUCUGCCUGCAGGAGGGCCCUAACGACGGCCUGGAGCUGCUCCUGAACUUUAUCUACACCGGAGAGCUGAAGUUAAAUCACGGGAACCUGGACAAGGUGCAGCACGCCGCAGUGACCCUGUGUGUGCCAGAAGUGCUCGCACUCUGUCAGCAGUUCAAGGAAAACUAUGUGGCUCCUGCAGCACCUGUGGCUCCCAAGCGUAAAAAAGGGCAACCCAAAAAGUACACGUCAGACACGGCCGUUCAUUGUGAAGUCAAAGACGAGAAUUUUCUGACAAUCACAGAAGAUGGGACCACCUUUGAUACUACCACAGCCAAUUUUAGCAUGGCCGCCACCAACAGCCUCAGUCAUGUAGUGAAGGGCCCGAGGCGACUGGCGACUGAUGAGAACCGCACCACAGAUUUUAGGGCCCCUGGAACGGACAGCUGGAAGGCUCCACUGAUUCCCACAGAGAAAGAAAGUGAUGUUGUGGAGAACCAAAACCCAGAUCAGCCAGCUGGUGAAACUGAGAUAACUGACGCACAGACUGACAUAAACGACAACGGGGUCAGCCUGUUAAUGGAGGCAGAAGAAGAUGAUGAUGACGAUGUAGAUAAUGAUGAUGAUGAUGAUGAUGAUAUAGAGGAUUUUGAGGUGAUCAUUGAAGACUCAGAUGAGGAGUACGUGCCCGAUUACGAGCGCAGCUCCUUAACCCCUUCCACGUCAACGACAUGCAGAAACCGAAGUAAACCCGAGAAAAACAAGAAUGGUGAGGCUGUGAAAGUAGAGUGUCCCAUCUGUCACAAAACUUUCAAGAGAAAAUACUACCUCAAAGUCCACAACAGGAGUCAUACAGGAGAGCGUCCCUUUGGUUGCCUUAAAUGUGGAAAGAGGUACUUCAGGAAGGAGAAUCUCACGGUACAUGAGCUCAGAGGCUGUGGUGAAGUACAGACGUACACUUGUGGGAUAUGCUCCUUAACAUUUGACGGAAGAGAAGAGCUGCGUUUGCACGCCGCCUCACACACUGAAAAUAUGCCCUUCGAGUGUUCAACGUGUCCUGAACAGUUUAUGCAGAAGGAUAAACUGGCAGCUCACAUGAUGAAGGUCCACGGUUUUCCCAAACCACAUGCAUGCACCGAGUGCCCCAAAACGUUCUUAACCCCAGCAGAACUGCGUUUGCACAAAGCCAGCAAACAUCAAGGUGAAAAGCCGUUCAAGUGCGAGGAGUGUGGCCACCGAGCGCCAAGUCGAAGUGGCCUGAGUAUGCACCACAAAGCUGUUCACAGAAGUGAGCGCCCCUUUGUAUGUAACUUAUGUGGUUAUGCAACCACCCUGAAGAACAACCUGAAGAUGCACAUGCGGAUACACAGUGACGAGCGGCCGUACCAGUGUCACCUCUGCGGCAAAACCUUCAGGACACAAACUGUACUGGAUAGUCACCACCGGACACACACUGGUGAGCGUCCGUUUAGCUGUGACGUUUGUGAGCAGCGUUUCUCAGAGAAAAGCGCCCUCGUUCGCCACAAGGCCAGCAAGCACGAAGAGGGCCGACCUCACGACUGUCCCAUAUGUGAAAAAACCUUCAAAUCGAGGGAGCAACUCCGUGAUCACCUGCGUCGCCAUGAAGGCAUGAGGAAAUAUGCGUGUAUGGACUGCGGCUACAAGUUCACGCGACAGGCACACCUGAGAAGACACAUUCAGAUCCACAAACGCACCGAGAACUACAGCCCCCGGCAGAGAAAACUAAGGAACGUCAUAAUCAACGAUGUGGACGGAGGUGUGGACGGUGAGAACGAAGCGGGAAAUGAAAUGGAAAGCUCGCUGAUCUCAGAGGGGACAGACUACUUCCCAGAGAGCUCCGACGUCCAGGAAUCCACAAACCCCGACUCAGAGUCAGGCAUCACUUCUAGCGGCAUAGUGAGAGUGCUGAUCGACUCUGGCGACACGGUGAUGGAGGAGGUGGUGUCAACCCCGAACCUGGGACACAUCGAGGCGGAGGAGAGCUCCUCUGUACCCGGAGUCUCGCAGCAAACACAGUCCAGCACAGAGGCGUGCGAGUCCGCGAUGGAGAUGAAGGACGUUGUUGAGAAUAUAUCAGACUGUGUGCAGCCCACUCAAAGCUGAAGUUACUGUAAGACCACUUCCUAAAGAAGAAGGACAUUCGGCCGCACCGAUCCAAAGAUGAAACUGCAACAAAGUCAGUGACUGAUGAGUGCAAGAGAGGAGCAAGAGCAAGUACUUCACGUCUUUAGUAGCUGACACAGUAAAUGUACUGCAUGCUUGUGAAUUUUUUUUUUAUGAUGCCUUCUUUUAUUAACGUGCCUACUGCAGCUAGAAUCUGGAAAAUCACCAAUAAAUGAUUCUCACUGA